GUUGGCGCGAAGCCGCUCUCCGAGCCCCUUGCCCCAGCUCAACAGCUCGUCCAGCCCUCUGAGGAGCGUGUCGCCCUCCAGAGCCCAGCUCACUCAGUCGUCACGCCAAGCACGCCUCGUGUCACGUUUCAGUGAGCUGUAUGCUGUGGAGCGCCUGGAGGCUCAGAGCAUCCUGCGACGCUACAUCACCCACCUAGACAUGGUCCAGAAAAUCAUCUGCAUCGCUGUCGUGGAAUCCUUCCAAACAGCUAAACUUGCUUACCGUCAGUUCAAGCUGCGUGUGAGAAAGACUCUGUCCACAUCCCACUUUGGUCCACAGAGUCUGGAGGACACAGCUGUGGACUACAUCAUCAGAAACCUGGACCUGUAUGAUGUUCAAACCAGCGUCACU